AUGACUAGCACUAAGAAAGAUGCAGCGCGAAGAAGAAAGAGAUUCGCAACACUAACCUGCAAACCCUUAGAAAGUCUUGAUGAGAUAAGGACGUUUUUAGAUAAUCCACCUCCUUGGCGAACUUUAUGUAAAGAUUUAAUUCCGCAUAGUAAGUCUAUCAUACGGAAUAUAGAGCACAGACAAUUUUGUGAGCCUGAGCUCGAAUCACCGGAGACUUUCUGUCAUUUUGAUCCGGAUUCGAAUGAACCAGUUCGUUAUGACGUAACUGUAAAAAAGUUACCGAAGACUUUGGUAUGCCAUGAUAUGGCCAACGGAUACCACGAUGACAGCAAAAUAGAAGGUACGCAAACACAUGAUGCGUACACAUUCUACAAUUGGGCUGGAAUUGACAUUUUCUGUUAUUUUAGUCAUCAUUUUAUUACAAUUCCACCUGUGAGUUGGACCAGUGUGGGUCACGUACAUGGCGUGAAGGUCAUUGGAACAAUAAUAACGGAAUGGGCGGAAGGCACAAAAUUAUGGGACGCAAUCCUGAGUUCAGAAUCUGCGUAUCGAGAGUUCGCCAGUGCAGUGGUAGCCAUUGCCAAAACGAUGAGAUUCGACGGAUGGCUUUUAAACAUCGAAAACAAGAUAUCUAAUCCAGAGAAGUUGCUAGAAUUUAUUCGUUACCUGCACAAGAUAUUGCACGAGGAGUUGGUGGAUCCAGUGCUGAUAUGGUAUGACAGCGUCACCAUCACCGGUAACCUCAAUUGGCAGAAUGGACUCAAUGCAAAGAAUAGAGCCUUCUUCGACGCAUGCGACGGUUUCUUCACGAAUUACUCGUGGUCCGUGAAGAAUGUUGAAGACACCGCGAAGGAGGCGGGGAACCGCAUCACCGACGUGUUUAUUGGUAUCGACGUGUGGGGACGUAACUUCUAUGGCGGGGGACAGUUCAAUACGCAGGAGGCAGUGAAAAUAGCUCACGGAGCGGGCUGUUCUCUGGCGAUCUUCGCUCCGGCGUGGACGCAUGAGGCAAUCUUUGAAGGAGGAAGCAAUAUCGUCAUGCCUGAGCCCCUUAAUCUCUACGAACAGUUCAUGUUGAGAGAUCGCGCGCUGUGGGGCAGUCUGUGGCCCUACCUCAACACUCGCCUGCCAUGUCGAUUGCCCUUCCAGACCUCUUUCUGUAGAGGGCAGGGGACAAAGCGAUGGAUGUACGGCGAGGUUCUUUCUCCAGGACCAUGGUAUAACCUGCGUCAUCAGCAGUAUCAACCGAACUCGGCGCACGGGCCACACGGUUACGUCUUAUCUUCAGUAGACAGACUCAUGGAAGUGUCAUGGGAUAGGAAAGAUAAAAAAGGGAUUAUCAAAUACCGUAAAAAUUUAGAUUCUCUUAGAUCUACAGUGACCGAAAGUAUACCGCGGACAAAUUCAUCAGAAGCUGAAAAAGAUGAGAGCGAUUCUAGUAUUGAUGAUACACAGUCUUUAAAUAUUAAAGAGUCCAUUAUAAAAUUUCAAGACAUGCCAGAAAAAGUUCCUGAAGUAACGCCGGCUAUGGAGGUAGCAGGUCCUGUAAAUACGACUGCUGUUGAAACACCGAACACGAAAUUCCUAUCUUCUGAUUCGCAAACCCAACCAUCAGGUUUUAAAAAAUUUAUAAACCGACUUAAAGCGAUCUUCAAAAAAAAUAAAUCUAAUAGCGAAAACCACUCAAACGAGGCUACUACGUCAGCUAGUCAAGAAGUAACUCCUAGUGCACCGUCUGCAGAACUAAAGGCAAAAGAUAAAGAAUCAGAUGAUUUCCCUGCCGUCACUCGCGAGUCUAUGAUUGCGGCGUCUAUCAACUUGAACCUCAACACAGAAACGGGGAAAACCCGUUGGGCGUUGGCAGAAGUACCUAUGGAGCGGCCAUGUCUCAUGCUAUGGCUCACCGAUGCCUUCAAUGGCGGCUCCUGUCUUAAGGUGAAUCCUUCUGACAAGAUCAGUCCCGAACACCGGACAAUUAGGUUGUUUCACUGUGACUUUAAAUGUCAUGACACGUUUAUUAUCUGCAUCGUUACUAAAACAAUAAUGCAGUAUGCCGAUCAGACUCUUAAUAUAAAGUUAGCCAUGAAGAACGUAAAGGGUGAUGACUUAAACGUGAUACUGAUGGGGAAAUCCCUGGGAAUGUCGGCCUCAUUAACGAAGGAAUCUGUCGGCAUUGUCUAUUCUUAUCCAUUGAAUUCGGAAACUCAGACAAAAUUUCACGAAAUCCGACAAUAUUUGCUGCUGAAUGAGCCUGGUUUCUACGUGCCUCUUGAGAACCAAUACGGUUGGCAAGUCAGGUACCAUGAGGUGCAUGUGCCAGAGUCGCGACUGUUGGAGGUGAAUUGCCGGACGACGUUGCCCGAGGGCGGGAUACUUCUCGGACACUUUGGAAUUUGCGAGAAACAUGAGAAUACGGACACCACAAGAGGAUUCGGCUUUUUAGUGAAAGUUCAUAACUGCUGUCAGCUUAAUAAAGAGAAUACGUGUGUUAGUGAGAUGACGUGUGCGAUUACUGCCUGCAACAGCGGCGGUGGGGCAGCUGCAGCCACCUUUACAGCAGCUCUACAGUUUUUUGCGGCAACACAAUGCUUAAUAGGAGAACCGUGGCCGAUGAGUGCUUCAGUUGCAGAUGGUUCUCAUUUUGAUUUUAUCAUCGUUGGCGCGGGCACCGCGGGGUCUACAUUGGCAGCCCGCUUGGCACAAGUUCACCAAUACAACGUGUUGCUUCUAGAAGCUGGAGGACCACCCCCGGAGGAGGCAAUUAUACCAGGCUUCAGAAAUGUCUUGAAAAACAGUCCCUACGACUGGAACUUCACAACAGUUAACGAUGGCUUCUCCAGUCAAGGUCUGAGGGGUGGCUCUCAGGUGCAGCCGCGAGGCAAGAUGUUAGGCGGCACCGGCUCCAUCAAUGAUAUGGUAUACUCCAGGGGAAAUCCUGCAGACUACUAUGAAUGGGCUGAUAUUGUCGGCAACGUAUGGAACUGGACGAAUGUGAUCGAAUAUUUUAAGAAGACUGAACGGAUGACUGAUGAGAACAUUAUCAACAAUAGUGACCUGAUGCAGCUGCACGGAUGCUGCGGCGAAAUAGAAGUGACGGGACCAACAGAACCCACUCACGUAACCAACAAAUUCUUAGAGGCAUUUAAUGAAUUGGGCCAUGAAAUUGUCGAAGAUAUGACAAAUCCCUACAAAAUAGGAACUGGUAGAUUUUCUCACACUAUUAGAAACGGUCGUCGAGAUAGCAGUUUGACUGCGCUACUUAAUAACAUGCACACUGAUAAUUUAAAAGUGGUGCAUGACGCGUUAGUAACGAAGAUUUUGAUUGAGAAUAAUAAUGCUGUAGGUGUAACAGCGAUAGUGAAUGAUGAAGUGAUGGAAUACUACGCGGACAAAGAAGUGAUAUUAUCUGCAGGUACAUUCAACACACCUAAAUUAAUGAUGCUCUCUGGGUUAGGACCCAAACACCAUCUAGAAGAACUUGGAAUAGAAGUAAUCAAAGAAAUGCCUGUUGGCAAUAACCUCCACGACCAUGUUAUGGUUCUUAACUAUUUGGCCAUCAAAAACGGAACUUGCGCAGUAGAGGAGAAAGAUCAAUAUUUUGAAGUGAUUAAGUAUCUGUAUAACUUUUCUGGAAUAUUUUCUCAAUCUGACAGCAUGGGUGUUUAUUUGCCGGAGAAAAAUGAUGAAUCAAAAAUUCCAUAUUUUGCGAUUUAUCCUAAUUGCAUGCCGCGAGACGAUCUCACCAUGGAAAGUUGCUUAAGUGUUUUAGGAUAUGACGAAACCGUGUGUAAGAAACUAGUUACAGUAAAUAAGGAACGUGAGCUUAUAGUGCUACCCGUUGUUCUUUUGAAGCCGCAGUCCAGGGGCGAAGUCCGUCUUAAGUCCGUAGACCCAUUUGAAGAACCAUUGAUAUACUCGGGUGCUUUUAACAAUCUUGCUGAUUACGAUGGUUAUAGCGACGCAAUACGAGCAGCAUUGUCUUUGGUAAAUACCACUUAUUUCAAAUCACAAGAUGCUCACGUGUUGGAUUUCAUUUGGAGCAACUGUUCCGAGAUAGAGGACGAGGAAAAUAGAAUCCAUUGCAUGGUGAGGGACUACGCGAUGCCGGCAUGGCAUGCAGUUGGCACUGCUGCUAUGGGCUCGGUGGUAGAUGAGAAGUUGAGGGUGUUGGGUCUACGAGGGCUGCGGGUGGUAGAUGCGAGUGUGAUGCCUGUCGUCAUCCGCGGUAACACUAACGCGGCUGUUGUGAUGAUCGCUGAAAAAGCGGCAGACUUCAUCAAGGAUGCUUACAAAGUUAGGAGCAGAUUACGACAGUAG